GAGAGCAUUAGACGUCGAAUCUGAGUUCACAAUGGCUUCACAGCAGCAGGUCAGCGUGAGGAGACAACAGGAGCUCCAGCUCCAGUACUCAAACUUCAAGAAUGCGCUUCAGAGCAUGGCACAGAAGAUUGGCGAUAUCGAACAAGAGACCGAAGAGCAUAAACUAGUAAUCGAAACCCUCGAGCCCCUCGCAGCGGAUCGCAAAUGCUUCCGCCUGGUUAACGGUGUUCUCGUCGAGCGCACAGUUGGAGAAGUCGUACCCUCUCUCAAGACGAAUGCGGACGGAUUAAAACAAGUUCUUGAUGAGCUAUUGAAACAAUACAAGGCUAAACAGACAGAGAUGGAUAAUUGGAAGAAAAAGAAUAAUGUCCAAGUUGUCCAACAAUGAGAAAUGGACACACUUUUGUCCUCCAUAUCCAUACCCUAGGGUUAGCUAGACAUUCGAUGAGCGCACACUACCUGAGCAGAACCGCGAGCGAGACAAGCUUGAAUGAGAUACUCCGACAAGCACCGGAACACAUAGAAAAAGACAAUGACAACAUGAAGAAGCAGACUUUGGUUUCCGAUUGAACCCAACGAGGGAGGGGGUUUCCGCUCUUGACGUACCCGACUACCGCCUAGAAUUCUACGAUACGACUGAUGUGAUGGUAGAGAAUAUGGAGAACGAUGGCGACGAUUCUAUGAAAUCAAGGCCCGUCAGUCAAGGAUGCAAUCAUGCCUGACAACUUGGCAGAUAUUCUGAUGCAACUGGGAGGUGUCGACUCGGAAAGGGGUAGGGAUAAUAGCUAGACAUGAUGAUACUGAUCGUUUAGUAAUUAAUGAAACAUCACGAAGAAAGGUCUAGAUUCUCGCAUCCAUCCUUUAUGAGAUCAUUAUUUAUUAGCCCAACAGUACGCAUAUAAUAAUACCAAUCUAUUAAUAUUGAG